AAUAGUUUUGGUUACAAACAACAAAAACAACCACCAAUAACACAAACCAUGUCCAUCGAUAAAAAAUUAUGUGUCUUCUGUGGCUCCUCCUUUGGUAAGGACCCCAUCUAUGCCGAAAUUGCCUUUAAGUUUGGAAAGUUGUUGGCAGAGAAAAACUGGGGUUUGGUGUAUGGAGGUGGAUCGACCGGAGUAAUGGGCCUGAUUGCUAAGGGAUGUGCUACCAGUGGUGGAUAUGUCCAUGGAAUCAUCCCCGAAGCAUUGAUCUCCAAAGAGCGUAAUACUGAAGAUGUUAACGAAGCUAUCAAGAAAGACCACGAGAACCACAAAGGGUUCUCACCAUUACCCGAUUCAAGUGUGUACGGAAAGACCACGAUGGUUAAGGACAUGCACACCAGAAAGAGAAUGAUGGGAGAAGAAAGUGACGCUUUCGUGGCCAUGCCUGGUGGAUACGGUACUUUUGAAGAAUUAUUGGAAGUGACCACCUGGUACCAGUUGGGAAUCCACAAAAAACCAAUUGUUUUGUUGAACAUCAACGGGUUUUGGGAUACAUUUUUGAAGUUCAUUGAUGAGAGUAUCGAGGCCGGGUUUAUUGCCAAAAAACAAAGAGAAUUAUUGAAUGUGGCUACUACCCCAGAAGAGGUGAUUCAGCUUGUGGAGAAAUUUACACACGAAGAAGGACACUCUUAUGGAUUAAAUUGGUCGGAGUCAUAGGUACCGCUUCCAGGUAGGUAGCGGUGGAGCACCGAUGGGCCACUGGUAGGUGAGAUCGGAUUGCAUGCUCUUAUGGGUGCACAUGGCACCGCGCGCUACUCUGCUUCUGCAUGCGUAUUUAUUCUAUCAUAAAAGUUAAUGUACAAGAUCUUCAUUGUCAUGAACGUGAAACAAAUCUUCAAAUUCGUCGGCUGGAACCUCCACCUCCUGUAGGUGUCCAGUACUAACAUUGUAGAGCAUCCCCCAUACUUCAAUCUCACCGUUCUUUAAAGCCAUGGAUGCUGACGGGUGUCUUUUCAAAGCCAACACACUAGAAAUCACAUUCAAUUCGCUCAACUUGGUGGCCUUUUCUUUCGGAUCUUCAAUGGAAUUCAACAAGGUUCUGUUCUGGGCCCGAAUGUGCCUAAUUGGAUUGAGCCACAAAUCCAACACCCCUCCGAUUUUCUUAUUGGACAUCGAUGCCCACACCCCACCACAAUCCGUAUGGCCACACACAAUGAUCUUGCGCACCUUCAACACCUCAAUGGCAAACUGGAUCACACCUUGGCUGCUGAUGUCACUGGAAUUGACAAUGUUUCCAAUAUUUCUGUGGGUGAAGAUUUCUCCUGGUAAUACCGACAAACAGCCUUCUCCCGCACGAGAAUCAGCACAUCCGAUCCACAAGGUGUGUGGCUGUUGGCCCUUGCCGUUGAGAGCAAAUACUUCUGGCGAGUGGUUGUGGUUGAUGGAAUCGACAAAAAAUUUAUUAUUGCUUAAAUAGUCCUGGAUGGUGGAAUCUUUAGAUAAGGUGAAGGGGAAGUGGGAGUUUCUUAUUUUCACGUCAAGGUCUUUCCUAGACAGGGUUUGGGGAAGAUCAGUCUCGUGAUCGUGUUCAAGCUGGUACUUUAAGAUGUUUUCUCUACCCAUGGUAAUAGUUGAGGUUGCUAAAGAGCGAGUUGCAAUUAAAGGAGGAAUCUUUAAAGGGUGGGAAAUCCUUGAAAUGGCGUAGUUGGACACGGUGAAUGU